AUGGCCUUCACACUUGAAGAACGAAGUGAUGCAGAGGCUGCUCCAGGGAAGAAGAAAAGGAAAGAGAGGGUGAAGAAGACAAUUGCUCGUGCCAUUGGAAGACCCUCCAUGAUUGAUGAUGAUGAUGAUGAUGAUGAGGAACCAGAAGCUGAUGCACCUCCACCAAAGACUCAGAAGCUCAUGGCUGAUGCUAUGAAGUCUGCUGCCCCCUCCAAGCCCAAGUCCAAGAAUAGAGCACCUGCUCCAAAGAGAUCUACCAGAAACAUAUCUGCUGCUGAGAGGAACAAGGCCCCAAUGCCUGAAGUUGAGAUUGAUGAUGAGCCACUAGUGCUUAGGAAGCUCAAGCCCAAGAUCCCAGACCAUGACAACUCCCAUCCUGUAGCUGAGAACAUGAUGCUCAUGAAAGACAAGGGUCUGCGAGAGUGGAGGAAAGUUGACCCCUAUUCAGUUAGGAGGAGGACUACGUCUGAUUACCGCUUUCACACCAGAGAACAGCAAGAUUCCCAUGAGACUGGUUUGCUUGAUAAGAAGCUCAUCGUUAGUGACAUGAAGUGGGUGGACUGGAAAUACAAUGAUGAAAAUGAAGAAUAUUUCCCCCACGUUCAUGAGUGUUUCAAGAGUGCCAGAGUUGAUGAUUUUGUUGGCAGGAAGCUCACCAAGUGGAAUGACGAGAUGAUCAUGCAAUUCUAUUCCACAACUCAUUUCUAUCCUGAUGGAAAGAUUGUAUGGAUGACUGAGGUACCUGCAGGCAAGCUCUUGGGCUUCCUGGUUUCAAACAGAGGCAUUGAAGCUAAUCCGGAGAAGAUCAAGGCAAUUACCUAUUUGGCUAAACCGGCGUGCAUUAAUGAUGUUCAGCGAUUGGCGGGUCGUGUUGCCGCUUUAAGCCGGUUCAUAAGCCAUGAUGCUGCUAACACUGCCUUUGAAGAUUUAAAGAGACAGUUGUCUGAGCCACCGGUUCUUGCGGCUCCCAUUGAUAGAGAGCCGCUGUUGUUAUAUGUGGCUGCUAACUCGCGGGCCGUCAGUGUUGCCAUCAUGGUGGAACGCAAGGAGGCAGGCAAG